AUGAGGUCCGGGCCCUGGAAUUUCUUAUGUAUAAUUGGUUUUUAUUUAUAUGUUUGCAAAGUGUUGGGCCCACGGCUUAUGAAAAACAGACCCGCGUUUGAGUUGACACAACUUAUCAGACAUUAUAAUCUAUUGAUGUCUUUGUUUAAUCUGUGGUUUUUUACCAAGAUUUUGUCGAUCACUAAUUACGGUAUCGACACCUGGAUGUGUCCCAAAAAUCCCAUAUCAGAUGAGAGAAACAGGGAAUCAAUAUUCUUGGGAUGGAUUCUUCUGAUGUCACGUUUGGUGGAACUAAUGGACACAAUAUUCUUCAUUUUGCGCAAAAGUCAUCACCAGAUCUCCGCUCUUCAUCUCUUCCACCACACAGUGGUUCCCAUUUGUAUUUGGUUUCCGUUGAAACUGACGCCCGAAGUGCAGUACGGGUUCGGGCCGUUAAUAAACUCGUUCAUUCAUGUGAUUAUGUAUUUCUACUACUAUAUGUCAACCUUCGGACCCGCUGUCCGGCCCUACCUCUGGUGGAAGCGAUACCUAACGGGCCUUCAAUUGAUUCAAUUUAUGUUAAUUAUAGUGAAUUGUUUGCGUGUCUUUGUUGUGGCCGACUGUGGCCUAAGCCAUGCAUUCAUGUCAUCCCUGGUAUUCAUUGCAUGCGUUUUGUUUGUAUUGUUUCUCUCUUUCUAUUACAACACAUAUAAC